AUGGCGUUGGUUGAGAUCUUUCCUGAUCCUUUUCUGAUUCAAGUGGAAUUUUUUCUUCUAGCAGGGGCUGCUCCGAGGUACCUCUGCACCUACUACGAUGUUAUUGAGUACCUGAACAUUUCCUCUUACAGCAAGCUGCACGCACACAUACUGCCCAAGACAGACUUGAAGGAGCCUGUGGAAGUGAAGAUGGAUUUUAUGCUUGUGGCUAUUCUCUCCGUGGUCGAAAAGCUCCAGACAGUCACUUUUUACAUCGUGUUGAACCUGGAGUGGGAAAACACUUUUGUAACCUGGGACCCACAGGAUUUCUGUAACAUUUCCGAAAUCGUUCUGCCCACGGAUACGUAUUGGUCUCCCACCAUCUUCAUUUUAGAGCGAGUGAACGGACAAAACUCAAACUUGGAUUAUAUGGCCAUCACGCACAACGGCAGCUUCAAAUCCACCCAGCCCUUCCAGGUCACCUUAACAUGCAGCUUGAUGAUCUUCAAGUUUCCCUUCGAUACCCAGACGUGCAACUUGAGCGUAGCUUCAUUCCUCUACCCAGUAACAGACCUUGUCAUGAAGACAAAACGGACACCAGCUGAGAUGAUGAAAGACAGCCAGAGUUACUUCCUAACUGAUGGAGAAUGGAAGUUCACCAACCUGAGCAUCAUUGAAUACAGAGAAGAGCUGGAUGACGAAAAAUUUUCUGUGGUCACCUACGUGAUUUCCAUGGAGAGACGACCCACUCUGUAUAUUUUGAACCUGAUCCUCCCAACAUGCGCCCUGUAUCUGCUGGAUAUGGCUGUGUUGUUUGGACCCAGCUCUCUCGAGGAGAAAAUCAGUUUCCAGAUUGCCAUCAUCCUUGGCAGCUCCAUGUUAGCUGUGAUUCUCAACAACAUCCUCCCAACUUCCUCCAACAAACCACCCAUAAUAGUGGUAUUCUUCUUAGGCACCUUCCUGCUCAUGAUCAUGGCUGUGUUAGAUACCUUCUUCCUGUUGCACCAGCAGCACAAAUCCCUGCGCUUAGACAAGGUUCUCGGAAGCUUCCAGCAAGACACCGAGCAAGCGAUGAGAGCCAUGACCAAGCAGACCACAAAACACCUCGCCAAGGGAGGCGCCCAACUGCUGAACCUUCCCAAAAAGGCCCAGGAAAACAGACAGCCAGCCAAGCCCCACUGGAAACCACAGGAGCAGGACCCAUUUCUGCUAGUUCUGGAGAAGGUGCUUCUCUACAGCCACUUCUUCCUGUCCCUGUUUUUUUUUGCUACUAUUUCUGUAAAAUGGAGCAGCUAG